GGAAAUCUUCAUUUGCUUUGAGAGGGAAAUCAAUUGUCUGCAGCAGCAAUGGAAGAAUCGAGAAGCAAAAGGCGCAGAAAUAUGGCGACUGAAGAAGAAGAUGAUGAAAAUUUCACAUCUCAGGAGACGAAUAUUUUGACGAUCGCCUACAUCCACGUGUCGGAAAAUACGAUCAUCGACGACAGCCACGGCGUUUUCUGGUUUCUAGUGUACACAGAGUUCAGAGAGAUGAAGCCGGACGGGUCCCCUGCUCGUGAUUCCGAUCAGUUGCAAAACCAGUGGGCCCGGGUGCAUAAAGAUGUCUCCAAAUUUACCGCCAUCUACGCCAGCUGUCGAAACAAGUUGGGCAGGCGCUACGCUCACCUUUAUAUCCGCCAGCAGGCGAAGGAGGCCUUCGAGAGCAGUGAAGGAAGGAUGUUCGAGUACGAGGAUGUCUGGGAGAUGCUCCGGAUCGACAACAAGCUUUGCUGCGAUUCCGAGGCGGCUUGUAGUGGCUCGAAGAGAACUAAAGUCUCCGCCUCCGAAGAGGAAACUGCAUCAAGAGCUGCUUGAUUUGGUUCAAAGCAAAGUGAUUCGGAAGUAAUUUAGGAUUUUUAAUUAUGUAAUUUUUUCUCUUGUUUGACAUUCUCCUCAUCAUUGAGUUAUGUUCAAAAUGUUGUUAUU